UAAAAUUCAAAGUGUUACUGGGAGUUAGUGUCGAUCUUAAGAAUGCCUUUAAGGCACCGCAUUGAUCCACGCCACAUCCUCAAGCACUGGCAAAAGUAUAUAUCACUACGUUCCAAGGCCACGAGUAUAACGCUUAUGGAUCCGCCUGACAAAUCCGAAGGUGAUCGCAAGCUCUAUCGCGCAUUAAGUCUAUCGAAUGGCCUACGCGCCAUGCUCAUCUCCGAUCCUAGCAAGGGAUCGAAUGCAGCCUCGCAAACAUCUAUGCAUAGUCCGGCACCGUCCACAGGCACCAGCUCCGACUCAUCGCUGGAACACUACAAAGGCAAGCUGGCAGCGUGUGCGGUUAUGAUGGGCGUCGGCUCGUUCCACGAACCACGUCAGUAUCAGGGACUGGCGCACUUUCUGGAGCACAUGAUAUUCAUGGGUUCCAAGAAGUAUCCGAUUGAAAACGCAUUUGAUUCCUUUGUGGCAAAGAGUGGUGGCUUUAGCAAUGCUCAUACGGAAAACGAGGACACGUGCUUCUACUUUGAGGUUGAAGAACAGCAUCUGGACAAAACACUGGACAUGUUUAUGCAUCUGAUGAAGGAACCACUCAUGUCCAUCGAUGCCAUGGCCCGUGAGCGCUCCUCAGUGCAGGCAGAGUUUGAGCAGACGCACAUGAUCGAUGAGGUGCGACGGGAUCAGUUAAUGGCUAGCAUGGCCAGCGAUGGCUAUCCGCAUGGCACCUUCAGCUGGGGGAACCUUAAGUCGCUGCAGGAGGACGUCAACGAUGAGCAUCUGCAUAAGACACUCCACGCAUUCCGGCGCAAGCAUUAUGGUGCAAAUCGCAUGAUCGUCUGCCUGCAAGCAGAGCUGCCUCUCGACGAGCUGGAGGCGCUGCUUGUGCGCCACUGCUCAGAUAUACCGAAGAGUGAGGAACCGGUGUUGGACGCCAGCAAAUUUAACUAUCGGCACGCAUUUCGCGAGCAGUUUUUUCGCGAGGUGCUCCUCGUGCAGCCCGUCGAGGAUGUGUGCAAGCUGGAAAUCACAUGGGUGCUGCCCGCCAUGCGACAAUAUUAUAGAUCUAAGCCAGAUACAUUCAUGUCACAGCUGCUGGGAUAUGAGGGUGUUGGCAGCCUCUGUUCGUAUCUGCGACAACGUCUUUGGUGCAUGAGCAUCAUGGCUGGCGUCAGUGGCAACAGCUUUGACAAUAAUUCAAUUUAUUCUCUCUUCACUCUGUCCAUUUAUUUGACAGACGAUGGCUUCGAGCAUCUGGACGAUGUCAUAGCGGCAACAUUUGCCUGGAUACGAUUGCUCAAUGAAAGCAAUACGUUGUUUGCCACCUAUCAGGAGAUGCAACAAAUUGCUGCCACAAAUUUUCGCUUUCAAAUCGAGAUGACCUCAAUGGAUAAUGUGCAGAGCAUUGCAGAGGCCAUCAGGUUUCUGCCCCCCAAGGAUGUGCUCUCCGGCACAGAGCUAUACUUUGAGUAUGAUGAGGCAGCGCUGCUGAUGGUCAAGCAGCAUCUGGGCGAGUUUCGCUUCAACAUCAUGAUCUCCUCGCACAUACCCUACAAUCAAUUGGAGUAUGAUCGCGUGGAGCCCUGGUUUGGUACUCAUUACAUGGGCAUCGAUAUGCCCGAGAAGUGGCAGGCGAUGUGGCUUAAUCCCCAGCCGCAUCCCGAACUGAAAUUACCGGAGCCGAAUCCUUUUAUUACCACAGAUUUCACAGUGCAUUGGCUAGAGGAAGGUAAGCCGCACAUUCCACGUCGUCCCAAGGCAUUGAUCAGAAACGAUUUGUGUGAACUGUGGUACCGACCAGAUGAUACCUUCUUGCUGCCCGAUGGCUUCAUAAAUCUCUACUUAAUCACACCAAUAUUGCGGCGAAGUCCGCUUGAUUACAUAUCGGCUGUGUUAUUCACGUACUUGGUGGAGUUUAGCAUCGCCGAGAGACUGUAUCCGGCUCUAAUGGCAGGACUCAGCUACGGACUGGAAACGGCGGAUAAGGGCUUGGUGCUGCGUGUCAGUGGUUACAAUCAGAAGCUGCCGCUGCUGUUGGAGAUCAUUAUGCAGGUGAUGCAAACGCUGGAGAUCGAUCCCGCCCAAGUGCUUUCCUUCAAAGAGCUGAAAAAGCGACAGCUCUUCAAUGCGCUCAUUACAGGCAAAUCAUUGAAUCUGGAUCUGCGCCUCACCGUGCUGGAGCAUAUGCGUUUCAGUCUGCUUCAGAAGUAUAAUGCAAUCGAUUCGAUCACCGUGGAUGAUGUGCAGAGCUUCAAGGAUAACUUUCACAAGAAGAUGUAUGUACAGUGUCUGAUUCAGGGCAACUUCACAGAGCAGGAGGCACGCGAUGUAAUGCAGAAAGUGCACGACAUCUAUCACAGUGCCAAGGUAGAGAAUCUACAAGAGCAGCAUAAUCGUCUGGUACAGUUGCCGCUGGGCCAGCACUAUCUGCGAGUAAGGACGCUCAACGAGGACGAUCCCAAUACGAUUGUGAGCAAUUAUUACCAACUUGGGCCGUGCAGUAUACGUAUGGAGUGUCUGAUGGAUCUGGUCGAUCAGAUUGUGGAGGAGCCGUUUUUCAAUCAGCUACGCACACAGGAGCAGCUCGGCUAUAGCCUUGCCGUUUACCAGCGCAUUGGAUACGGCAUUUUGGCCUACAUACUCAACAUCAAUACCCAGGAGAAUAAGCAUAGAGCCGAUCAUGUGGAGGCACGUUUGGAGGCAUUCCGCGCCGGCAUGCCCGAACUAGUCGCUUCGCUCAGCGAUCAGGAGUUUGAUGAGGUGCGUGCGACCCUCAUCAAUGGCAAGAAAUUAGGCGAUCACAGUUUGGAUGAUGAGGUCAUGCGCAACUGGACCGAGAUUGUUAGCAUGGAAUACUUUUUCAACCGUAUUGACAUGCAAAUCCAAACACUGAGCACCCUCAGCAAGCAAGAUGUCAGUGACUUCCUUUUGAAUUAUGACAAGAGCCAUCUGCGCAAGCUAUCUGUUCAAGUGAUAGGCGCUCCCACAGUGGCGAGACAGUCGCCAAACCAAUCCAUAUCCGAUGCCAUUGCCGCUAGGCAAGACUCCGUCACUGGGUUGGGCAGACGACCCGGUUCGCUGUCCAUGCUGCUGGAUGAGGUGCAGCGCAACAUAUCCGAGGAGCAAUUGUUGUUCGAACAGAUUGGCGAUCGCGUCCACUUGGAAUUCAUUGGUGAGGGCAACAAUCCGGAGCACAUCACGGACAUAAAUGCCUUCAAAAGGAAUCUGCACGUCUAUCCGUUUAUCACAAGCAAUCCCAAGCAACAUACGACUGGCAACAAAUCUGAUUAUCUAAACGGGAUGCAAGCUUAUAUGUUUGUGCUUAUAUCAGUCAAGGAGCAAAGGAGCCUCAUCGAGUUGUGCCUUAGUUGAAAGCAUGCUUCGUCAAGCGUCUUAUUUGUAACGCAGUCGCUGAGCAAACACAAUUAAAGGACUGGCAACCAACCAACCAAACACACACACACACACAAGUCUCCGCUUCAAUGGUGGCUGGCUGGGUGAGAGUGGGGAGCUGUUUUUGCUUUGAUAAGCAACUGACGCCAUUUUAAUAACGCAAAUUACAGUCAGCUGUAUAAAUUUAGUUGGGCUCAUUGCUGCGGCAACUGUUGCUGGCACAUAUUGUUGGGUCUGUGGUGCUCUACAUCAACAACAAUCAACAACAAUGACGCUUCCGAGGAAAUAA